AUGACUGCUUUUCCUAUAAAUUUGAAGGUAGCAGCUUUGUUGCAAAUAUCAGAGAGAUUUCUGAAAAAUUUGGUUCAUCUGCUUUACGAGAGCAACUUCUUUCUCAAACUCUUAAGGGAAAAGAAUAUUAACCCACUGGACAUUCAUCGAGGAAUCUAUCGCAGGCUGCAGCAUAAAAGAGUUCUUAUCGUUCUUGAUGAUGUAAAUGAAUUAGAACAAUUAGAAACAUUAGCAGGUGAUCGUGAAUGGUUUGGUCCUGGAAGUAGAAUCAUUAUAACCACUAGAGAUGAACAUCUGCUAAUUGCUCAUUUUGUAAAAAUAAAAAUAUACAGGGCCAAGGAUUUAGUUUCCAAGGAAGCUCUUCAACUUUUUAUUUUGGGUUCUUAUGUCUGUGGUAGAAGUGUAAAUGAGUGGAGAAGCGCACUCAAAAAGCUUAAAGAAAUUCUUGACAGGAAAGUUUUUGAUGUACUCAAAAUAAGUUAUGAUGGUCUGGAGGAAACAGUAAAGAACAUUUUCCUAGAUAUUGCAUGUUUCUUUCAUUUGAGGAAAGUAACCCUAGUGACUGAAAUACUAGAGGCUUGUGGUUUUUACCCAGAAACUGGAGUUUGA